AUGGCAGCUAUGGCCAAUGGUGGAGAUGACAUGUAUCGUCUCUCCAAACGAAUAACAAGGAAGCUAAGGCAUCAAGGAAGGGAUCUCCAAAUGAGACUCGAUGGGUUCGUGGAGAUUUCUACGUUGAGCGCUCGAAUGGGAGAGCCUCAAGAGCGGGUAGAAGCGGCCGGUCAUGACAACCGUCGCCUUCAGACCCAUCGAUAUGGCACCAGAUUGUGGGUGCGGGCUGUUGGGAAGCACAGCACUGACGCCCCCGUCGACCCGGAUUUGCUGCGUUUGUCCCCCGACCACUGCUUCGAGCUCAACCCGCCUGGGCCUGCCGUGAUGAUGGGAACAGCGGGCACUGGCGCAGGCUACGUCGGUCACGGAGAUUUGCCACCUGUGGACGCGCCGCCAGCGCCGUCCGCCCGCUCAGAAUUCCCACCGGUGGGACAGCAAAUGCCAGUAGCGCCGGCAGCUCCCAAUGAUGGAUCAAUGCAACAAGACACUAGGCAGGUCCCUGUAGCGCCCGCAGCUUCCAAUGGGCCGAGUGGAGGGCGCGGUGGGGAGGCCUCGGGAUCUGAUGGCACCAAACAGCCGCAGCCUGCUCCGCAAGGCCAUGCCAUGGGCACCGUGGGUCCAGAUGACAUGCGCUUCGAUCUGGGCGCGAGGAUCCAAGCCCUGGAAGAGGAGAACAAAGCGCUGCGCGCGGAGAACAAUGACUUGCGACGCCAGCUUCAGGUCUGUCUCGAUUUGAUCUCCCUUUUCGGGUUUUUCCAGUACUUGGUGGUUCAUCCCAGGGCAAGUGACUGGGAGCCGGGCCGCCGAUUGCGGAUGGGCUUGCGCUGCACAGAUGCUGACAUCCUGACAGCUGUCCCACGCAUCCGCCGCCGCCACCACGAAGCCAGAUUUUACAGAGCAGAUCAGAAAAGUGUGGUGGGCCCACAACUACACCCUGGAUCGCCAGGGGCCAAAUACACUUCAGGUGCAAAGGCGACUUCCAAGGAAAUCCGUUGGAUUCCCCGUGCCAAAGAUGCCAAAAUUUUCCAGUGGAGGCGUAAGGAUGGGCUGAGUCAGGAGGAGAUUGGACGGAAGGUGAAAGCCAUGCGACACGAGGAAAAGGCCCCGGGGGCCCCGGCUCCAAGUGAGGUUCCUGAGGACCCGGAGGAAGCCGAUGACGGUGACGUGGAAAACGAGAGCGAUGAUGAUGACAUCGUGGCUGAAGCGCACCCAUGGAAGAAGGAACGGCGUCCCAUCCCUGUGGAAGACAUCCGCUGGUCGCAGGACACCAUUGGCAUCCGUUUUCGAGAUGGAAAGUACCUGGUAGAUACGCUGAAGGCGAUGUUGCUCGGUCGAAUGAAGCCUGAAGAACUUCCAGCCAUGCAUGUGGUGCUGCAUGAAGACGUGCUCUUCGCCAUCACUGGAAAUCGCAGAUUGUGGGUUCUGAAGAAUUACGCUCGCAUCUCGAACAAGGAGGUUAGGGUCUUCGCAGAAGUUCAUCCACCAGCUGCCAUGCAAGCGAAAUGGGUGAAGCGCAGAUAUACCUCUCAUAGCUUGGGGCAGGAGGUGCGCUUUCUCCACAAAAGCUUCGCAGACGUGACCUAUGAGUCCAUGAAGGAUGCCUUGAUGGUGGCCGAGGGCCUUCAGGGUCCCAGGGUCAAGUUGCUGGAAAACAUGGAAAAAGGCCGCAAGAGAGGGAGGAAAAGCUGCACCGGCAAGGCAUGGCAGGCGAUGCCGGGUUCGACUGAUUCAACGGGUCCGACCGAGCCAGACAAGCCGGGCACGCCAGUCCAAGAAGAGGAGGAACAGAAGCAGGAGGAGCAGGCAGAGCAGGCCGAGGAGGAGCCAGCCAAAGAGUUCGAUCCACUCAACGCUCAGGAGCAGGAUCAAGUAGCGCAACGCGCUCUCUUGAAGUUGCUGUCUCCAGACUGGGGCUACGACUGCCAGAGGCCCGACCCUCCACCCGAGCCGCCUGCGGAGAUGCCACAAGAUGACGAGCUCGACUCGAUGGCAGGUAAGCAGCUUGACUACGCAGCCCGGCUGCUGUUGCUCCGACAGCUGGGGUAUCGACUGCAGGAGGCCGGAGCAGCUUCGAAGGAUCAAGUAGCGCAACGCGGUCUCUUGAAGUUGCUGUCUCCAGACUGGGGCUACGACUGCCAGAGGCCCGACCCUCCACCCGAGCCGCCUGCGGAGAUGCCACAAGAUGACGAGCUCGACUCGAUGGCAGGUGAGCAGCUUGACUACGCAGCCCGGCUGCUGUUGCACGCAGCAGAUUCCCAUCAGCAGAUGGACGCGCAGUCUCAGCUCCGACAGCUGGGGUAUCGACUGCAGGAGGCAGCAGCUUCGAAGGUUGCGGUCCCUGGAGAUCUGCUGCAGGCUGCAGGCCUCAUUCAGCAGGUGGUGGAGGAAAUCGAGUGGAUCGACUGCUCCCAUGACCUGGGUAUGCAACUUCUGCAAGCGGCGCAAAUGCUGGAGAUGGCAUCAUACAGUUGGUGGUCCAGUUCCACCGAGGACAUGUCCUGCAACGACUUGGCCCGCGGCUAUGACGGCGACAGGGGCAACCUGGGCGACGCGGGCAACGCGGGCAACGCCGGCUGGCCCUGGCCCAUGGAAGGAUCCUUCGAGUGGUCGCCCACGGUCUUCACGACGGAGGACUUCCCACAAGCGCCAUGGCUGUGGCAGUGGCAAAUGGCCGGCCAAAUGGCAUCGUUGCGCUCCAUCUGCGGAUAUUGGUUGCAGUGA